GCGCGCGCUACUUCAGUCCGACACUACCAGUCCAAACCGAUUGGUAUCUUGGUCUCGGAGGAAGGCAUCAACCUCCCUCUUCUUUUCGAUCUUUUUUUCUUUUCGAUUUCCUUCGGAUUAUCGAAUCGAAAAAUCACGACAAGAAAUACGAGAAAAAACGUAGCAGCCCACGCAGAAGUUUCCGGUUGACGACCGCGGGUUUCACCCGGUCUAAUUGAAAGCCGGGACAGGAAAGGAAAGGAUACGGGACGGAAGAGUGUGUGGUUAUGUGCUAGUAGUGAGAAUUGGAAAAGAAGAUACAUCUCAGCAAAGCUAGAAAACACUAAUCUAGUCGCGAUGACCAACAGCAUGAAGCAAACGGUUAUCAAAAACCCGACGUGGUGGAAGAGGCGGUCCGGUUUGGAACGCGGGUUAACGGUGAUAGCGGUUUCUGGAUUCCUCCUGUGCAUCGCUUUGGCGGUCGCCCUCGGAAUUUUGGCGGCUAACACGACAUGCAGCACCAGGACCGAUACUGUUAACGUAGAGAUGCUACCGUCCACAGCCGAGGCGUUAAGCGGUUCGGAAACGUCGAAGAACAUGAUACCAAAGGAAACGAAAUGCGACAAUGUAUGUUUGACACCUCAAUGCGUUCACACAGCCUCUCAAAUAAUAAAAAACAUGAAUCCUGAUGUGGAACCCUGUGAUGACUUUUACAAAUUCGCCUGCGGCGGCUUUCUCGAGUCUACGAUUAUUCCUGAUGACAAAACUAGCGUGACUGCGUUCUCUACUAUCGUUGAUGAUCUCGAGGAACAACUGCGACUCAUUAUCGAACAGGAGAGUCCUCCGAACGAGCCAAGACCAUUUAAACUUGCCAAAGACUUCUACAAAGCCUGCAUGAACAAAACCGCUAUCGAGGAGAAAGGUUUGACACCAUUACUGAACAAUUUAAAAAAACUCGGUGGCUGGCCCGUUCUGGAAGGCGAGAGAUGGAGCGAGGGCGACUUCAAUUGGAAAGAUUCCGUCUACAAAUUCCGCAGAUUAGGCUAUUCCGUUGAUUACUUCAUAGAUUUUGGCGUUAGCGUCGACCUGAAGAACAACUCAAGACGUUUGAUCGACCUCGAUCAAGCAGCGCUCGGCCUCUCGCGUGAAUAUCUAUCGAAAGGCUUCAAUGAGAAAAUCGUCCAGGCAUAUUACAAAUACAUGGUGGACAUCGCUAUAAUUCUCGGAGCCAACCCGGACCGAGCUCGCAAGGAACUGAAGGAAUCACUCGAAUUUGAAAUCAAGCUCGCCAAUAUUUCCCUGCCCAACGAGAAACGACGUAACGUGACUCUCCUCUACAAUCCUAUGACUGUGAAUAAACUGUCCGCCGCCUAUCCCAGCAUACCGUGGUGGGAAUACUUUAACACCAUCCUGGCGCCACAGGCACAGCUAAGUCAAGAUGAAAUAGUCAUCGUAAAUGUGCCCAGCUAUCUAAAGGACUUCGAACGGCUGAUUAGCUUGACGCCGAAGAGAGUGCAGGCGAACUAUGCGUUCUGGAGAGCCGCUGCUGCGUCGGUCAGCUAUCUGACGGACGAUAUCCGGAAGAGGCAGCUAAAGUACACAGUGGAGUUAAACGGCAAAACGGAGAGAGAGCCGAGAUGGAAAGAAUGCGUGGAUAUCGUUUCCAGCAGCAUGGGCAUUAGUGUCGGCUCGAUGUACGUAAGGAAAUAUUUUAAGGGGGACGCGAAAAACACCGCGCUCGAAAUGGUUGACGAUAUCAGGCAGGAAUUCACAAAGAUCCUAAAAAAGGUUGAGUGGAUGGAUGAGAAAACCAGAAGAAACGCUUUAGAAAAAGCAGCCGACAUGACUUCACACAUUGCCUAUCCAAGUGAACUACUGGAUGACAGAAAACUUGAGAAAUUUUACGAGGGACUUGAAUUAAGUGCCGACGAUUAUAUAGGAAAUAUUUUUAAUUUAUCGAUGUUUGGAACGAAUUUCUCAUUUGGUAGAUUGAGACAACCAGUGAAUAAAACCGAAUGGAUAAGUCAUGGAAGACCGGCUGUCGUUAAUGCAUUUUACUCGUCGAUCGAGAAUAGUAUUCAAUUCCCUGCGGGUAUUUUACAAGGCAUAUUCUUCAACAAUGAUCGACCGCAUUACAUGAACUAUGGCGGUAUCGGCUUUGUUAUUGGUCAUGAGAUUACCCACGGCUUUGACGAUCAAGGUAGACAAUUUAAUAAGGAAGGUAAUCUCGUAGACUGGUGGGAGUCAGAGACGAAGAAGCGUUAUCUCAAGAGGGCCGAAUGUAUAAUUCAUCAAUAUGGAAAUUAUACCGUGAAAGAAGUUGGAUUAAAUUUGAACGGAAUUAACACCCAGGGUGAGAAUAUCGCAGACAACGGCGGCAUAAAAGAAGCUUAUUACGCGUACAAGGAAUGGGUGAAACGAAACAAGCCAGAAUCGCGAUUGCCGGGUCUGCCAUACAGCCCGGAACAGAUGUUUUGGAUAAGCGCGGCCAAUUCCUGGUGCAGCAAGUAUCGACCGGAGGCACUGAAGCUACGGAUUACGACGGGCUUCCACAGCCCGGGCGAAUUCCGCGUACGUGGCCCAUUAUCGAAUAUGGAGGAGUUCUCGCAUGACUUCAAUUGCCCGCGCGGCUCCAGGAUGAACCCCGAGAAGAAAUGUACCGUGUGGUAGAUCUCAGAUGUCUCAAGCGAAAUACACGCGAACGACACAUGCGGCCGACUCCGCUUUUAACCUUAGAAGUUGCAACUUCACGUGUUUGCUGCUUUAUUGAAGCAAUUUUAUUCUUAGCGGCUCAGCGGUGCUAAUGACAUUCACGUCCGAAUACAUGGCAGAAUAGUAUUCGGUCUAAAGAUAUCAAACCAUUUCGUCAUAUUUAUGAAAUUAAAUGAUUUUUUUUUUCAUUUUUCGAAUACUUGAAUCGUCUCUUCUAAGGUUAAUGAAUUCAAUGGAGCCGUCGAUCUCAUACUAGCAGGAUAUGGCGGUAGCUCGUUUCCCCCUUACGAUAUCCUGACGUACGACAUUGUUACAGCGGAGAGAAUAUUUGAUCGAAUGAUCACUGCUAGAAAGCAAGAACUGAAAUUUCGCGAUAAUACAAAGUAUGCAAAAGGGAAACGUUCUCCAUGGAAAAAUCCAUGGGGAUUGAGUCGCGACCUGCGCGAUAUUAGGCAUGUGGGAUGUACACAUAUAUUAUGUAUCAUUUUUGGUAAAUUUUUAUAAGGAGAACUGUGUCACAGGACGCGCGUAUAUGUAUGUAAAUAGAAAGAAGAUGAAGUAACGAUGAAUUUAAAAGUGAAUUAGUUAUACAAAGUUUCAUUGUUUAACUAUUUUUUAAUGUAAGGUUAAUUUUUCGCAUCAGUGAUUCCUGUGACGAUGUUCGUUAAAGAUUUUAAAUUAUUACGGAAAAAAUCAAGUUAAAUUGUCUAAUGUAGUUCCUCGUUUGAGAAUUUUUAUAGUUGACAUAUAUGGUAAAAAAAAUGUUGAAAGCUUGAGAAUUCGCUUUUUAUUCUUUUUUAUUGUUGACAGUUUUGUUAAGUCUCUCACUUCUUAGAAUAAAUUGUAAAGUGUUCUGUUAACGCGGAAAUGAACAGCAAUGGUACACAUUUAUAGAAUGGUCCGCAAAAACAACAGCGAAGAAAAAAAACACGAGCGGCACGAAUAUAUUAUUGAAUUAUUCGAUAAAUUUGGUCGAUGUUUUUUAAGACCUUAGCGGAAGUUAUUGUUCGUCACGACUAUUUUAUGUUGAGUAUUAUUUUGUAGUAUUAUCAAGUAGCAAUUAAAUUUCAAAUUAAAUUUUCAAAUUAAAUCGAAAUCCACUCAAUGUAAUUCAUUAAGCUUAAAAUCAAGUUUCAUUAUCCAUUUUCUCCCUUAAAAUUUGGCUCGCUGGGAAUGUCAAAUAACCGUGAUGUCAAAUAACAUUUAAAAAAUUUGUAGUUAUGCCAUUUCAAUUACAUCAAAACAGAAUAUCGAUAUUUUAUGAGCCAUACAUCGUAUAUAUAUAAUAUAUAUGUAUAUAAAAUCGUACAUUAUCGACGUAUCGAAUUUCGAUAAUAUAGUGCGAUAAUCUUAUUUUUUAUCAAUCGUGUAUUUUCAUGUAAGAUUGUUAAUUGUAGAGAAUUACGAUGUUACUUAGAACAACUUAUUGCAAGUAUUAAGCGUAACUAUUUAACUGCGAGCGAUUGAAUCACGAUAUUUGCAAUCUGCUUCCCUACACCGUAUUAUCCUCUCGUAUCUGCGUAUGCAUCACAUUUUUAUUUUGCGCCACAUUUUUCUCCACUCUCCUCCCUUAAACGCAUCUCUCGUAUUUAUUGUACGAUGGCCGAUAAGCUAAUCACCGAGUUAAUCACCGUAAGUUUAAGUAAAGACGCUCGCGCGUCAGUGUACCUUGUAUAAGGUAUUUUUGUUGAAUGUAAGAAUUUAAUACAGAAAAAACUUCAUGUAAA